UUUUUUUUUGUCUUCUUUCAAACCAUGAAUGUCAGUAAUCAAGAAAUAGAUAUUAAAGCACCAUUAGGAGGAGUAGUUGAAAAGAUCACUAAACGUGUCUCUGGUAAAUCAUGGAAACUUCAAAAAACGCCUACUGUACGUACUCAACAACCAAAAUCACUUCGAAAAUCAUGGGAAAAACGAACACAAGAACGUCAACGACUUAAAACUGUUCGAGCAUUGGAAAAGCAAAUGAAAGAUGAAAAACAAGCUGAAAAGGAUAGAAAACGGGAAAUCAAUUUGGAACGAAAACGUAUUGAAGAAGAAAAAGCUAGACAAGAAGCUUUGGCAGCGAAGAUGUCUGCAAGACGGUUAGCAAGAAUGAAGAAGAAGGAAUUACGGAAAAAAGCUCGUGUUUAGAAUGAUAGUUUAAUUACAUCUUUGUAUAUAAAUAUAUGUAUCAAAUAGAAAUAAAAAUAAAAAGUAUUUUUUUUUUUGAUGGGAG